GGUGGGUGGGGCGAUGGGCGGGAGUAGAUCACUGAGGGAGUCCUAGUGUGGAGUCACCGCAAAACUGGCGAGGGAUCCCCACGCUGCAGCUGGCGGUUGUGACAUGUGCUCACAGGAAGAGUUCCAGGCACAGAGGAGCCAGCUGGUGGCACUGCUGAUCUCAGGGUCCUUGGAGGGCUUUGAGAGCAUCUUAGACUGGCUGCUGUCUUGGGAUGUGCUCUCCAGGGAGGACUAUGAGGGCCUCAGCCUCCCUGGCCAACCUCUCUCCCAUUCUGCCAGGCGUCUGCUGGACACAGUCUGGAACAAGGGUGUUUGGGGCUGUCAGAAGCUCCUCGAAGCUGUGCAGGAGGCACAGGCCAACAGUCAUACCUUUGAACUGUAUGGGUCCUGGGACACUCACUCCCUUCAUCCAACCAGAGACCUGCAGAGUCACCGGCCAGCCAUUGUGAGGAGACUCUACAACCAUGUAGAAGCCAUGCUGGAGCUGGCAAGGGAGGGGGGGUUUCUGAGCCAGUACGAGUGUGAGGAGAUCAGGCUGCCAAUCUUCACGUCGUCUCAGAGGGCAAGAAGGCUGCUUGAUCUCGCUGCGGUGAAGGCCAAUGGACUGGCUGCCUUCCUUCUACAGCACGUCAGGGAACUACCAGCUCCACUGCCUCUGCCUUACGAGGCUGCUGAGUGUCAGAAGUUCAUAUCUAAGCUGAGGACCAUGGUGUUGACUCAGUCUCGCUUCCUCAGUACUUACGAUGGGUCGGAGAAUCUUUGCCUGGAGGAUAUAUACACGGAGAACAUCUUGGAGCUGCAGACUGAAGUGGGCACAGCCGGGGCCUUGCAGAAGAGCCCUGCCAUCCUGGGCCUGGAGGACCUCUUUGAUACCCAUGGUCACCUGAACAGAGAUGCCGACACCAUACUGGUGGUGGGCGAAGCAGGCAGUGGCAAGAGCACUCUUCUGCAGCGUUUGCACCUGCUGUGGGCAACAGGGAGGAGCUUCCAGGAGUUUCUCUUCAUUUUCCCAUUCAGCUGCCGACAGUUGCAAUGCGUGGCCAAACCGCUGUCCCUGAGGACGCUGCUCUUUGAGCACUGCUGCUGGCCUGAUGUCGCUCAGGACGAUGUCUUCCAGUUCCUUCUUGACCAUCCUGACCGUGUCCUGUUAACCUUUGAUGGCUUGGACGAGUUCAAGUUCCGGUUCACCGACCGGGAGCGCCACUGCUCUCCAAUUGACCCCACGUCAGUCCAGACUCUGCUCUUCAACCUUCUCCAGGGGAACCUGCUGAAGAAUGCCUGCAAGGUGCUGACCAGCCGUCCGGAUGCUGUGUCAGCGCUCCUCAGGAAGUUCGUUCGCACAGAGUUGCAACUGAAGGGCUUCUCUGAAGAGGGCAUCCAACUGUACCUGAGAAAGCACCACCGGGAACCUGGGGUGGCAGACCGCCUCAUCCAGCUGAUCCAAGCCACCUCAGCCCUGCAUGGUUUGUGCCACCUCCCUGUCUUCUCUUGGAUGGUGUCCAGAUGCCACCGGGAACUUCUGCUGCAGAACAGGGGCUUCCCAACAACCAGCACGGACAUGUACCUCCUGAUCCUGCAGCAUUUCCUGCUGCAUGCCUCCCCUCCGGACUCCUCCCCACUCGGUCUGGGACCUGGACUCCUCCAAAGCCGGCUCUCCACCCUCCUGCACCUUGGCCACCUGGCUCUCCGGGGCCUGGCCAUGAGCUGCUAUGUGUUCUCAGCCCAGCAGCUCCAGGCAGCUCAGGUUGACUCUGAUGAUAUUUCUCUUGGUUUCCUGGUACGUGCCCAAAGUAGUGUGCCCGGGAGCAAGGCGCCCCUGGAGUUCCUGCACAUUACCUUCCAGUGCUUUUUUGCCGCUUUCUACUUGGCUGUCAGUGCUGACACAUCGGUGGCCUCUCUCAAGCACCUUUUCAGCUGUGGCCGGCUGGGCAGCUCACUGCUGGGAAGGCUGCUGCCCAACCUGUGUAUCCAGGGCUCCAGAGUCAAGAAGGGCAGCGAAGCAGCCCUGCUGCAGAAGGCUGAGCCACACAACCUGCAAAUCACAGCAGCCUUCCUAGCAGGUCUGUUGUCCCAGCAGCAUCGGGACCUGUUGGCUGCAUGCCAGGUCUCCGAGAGGGUACUGCUCCAGCGUCAGGCACGUGCCCGCUCGUGUCUGGCCCACAGCCUCCGCGAGCACUUCCAUUCCAUCCCGCCUGCCGUGCCCGGUGAGACCAAGAGCAUGCAUGCUAUGCCGGGCUUCAUUUGGCUCAUCCGUAGCCUGUACGAGAUGCAGGAGGAGCAGUUGGCCCAGGAGGCUGUCCGUCGCUUGGACAUCGGGCACCUGAAGUUGACAUUUUGCAGAGUGGGCCCUGCAGAGUGUGCUGCACUGGCCUUUGUACUGCAACAUCUCCAGCGGCCUGUGGCCCUACAGCUGGAUUACAACUCUGUGGGAGAUGUUGGAGUGGAACAGCUGCGACCGUGCCUUGGGGUCUGCACAGCUCUGUAUUUGCGAGAUAACAAUAUCUCAGACCGAGGUGCCCGCACGCUGGUUGAGUGUGCUCUUCGCUGUGAGCAGCUGCAGAAACUAGCCAGUCUCUUCAACAACAAACUCACGGAUGCGUGCGCCUGCUCCAUGGCCAAGCUCCUUGCACACAAGCAGAACUUCUUGUCCCUGAGGGUGGGGAACAAUCACAUCACAGCCGCUGGAGCCGAGGUGCUGGCCCAGGGACUCAAGAGCAACACCUCCCUGAAGUUCCUGGGGUUCUGGGGCAACAGCGUGGGUGAUAAGGGCACCCAAGCCCUGGCUGAAGUUGUAGCCGACCACCAGAACCUAAAGUGGCUCAGCCUGGUAGGAAACAACAUUGGCAGCAUGGGUGCCGAAGCCCUAGCACUGAUGCUGGAGAAGAACAAGUCACUAGAGGAACUCUGCCUAGAGGAAAACCAUAUCUGUGACGAAGGGGUAUAUUCUCUCGCAGAAGGACUCAAGAGAAAUUCAACUUUGAAAUUCUUGAAACUGUCCAACAAUGGCAUCACCUACCGGGGUGCAGAAGCCCUCCUGCAGGCCCUCAGCAGGAACAGUGCCAUUCUGGAGGUUUGGCUUCGAGGGAACACAUUCUCUUUGGAGGAAAUCCAAACACUGAGCUCCAGGGACGCCAGACUCUUGUUGUGAUGUCUCCGUUUGUGAGUGGACUGUAGGGGCCUGGACUCUGGAGGCUGAGUAACAUCAGGCAGAAUCCCUCUGCUGCGCAGGGCUGGUUUGCUUUUCUGGAUGCAGUAUAGUCACCUUCUGUUAGCAGAGAAAGUCACCCCAUUGCCGUCUGGAAUUGACUUUUCCCGAGGAGUCGUGAUGGUUGGUCUUGGUUGUUAACUGCACUGACUUAAGAGACUCAUGAGCCGAGAGGACCGCGUUUCUGCCUCUAAAGAGGAUCACCGUGCAGAAUUAGUGACUGGAAGGGGAAAGGCCCUCACUGCAUGUGGGUGACACAAUCCUCUCUGGUUGCCCCGUGGGAGGAAGAUGGAGGAGGAGGAAGACAGGGUAUGCUUGCAUAUGUGAGCAUUUCUUCUGAGUGAGGACAGCUGUGGCUGCUGCCCUCAUGUUUGAACAGCAGACUCCAGCGUCUUUGGCCAUUCAACAUGGACCCAUCACCAGUGAUGUUUUAGGGAGUUUUCAGGCCUGGAGCUUGAUGGAACGUGAGGUGUCGAGCUUCUCCAGCUGAGAAGGUUCUCUGCCUCUCCACUGUUGGACUACUCUAUCUGGAUGGUACUCCAAGCACUGGAUGAGCUCAAGCAGGCCACCCCCACCCCCACCCCCACCCCCGCCCCCAUUACUAUGUUGCUGGCCUCUGGCUGGUCAAGCAGAUUCCCCUGAUACUAUGUUGCUGGCCUCUGAAUGGCCAGGAUUCUGAAGGGUUCAGUGGAAAGCAUGGAUGUUAACUGAACGCCUGUUGCUGUGGAUCCACAUACAAGACGCCUUCCUCCUCCUUUUUGAAGAGGAGUAUUCAGGAAGCAGCUCUGGCCGUGUCUGGACUCACUCUCUAAGGCCAUCCCACUCUGAUACCUCCACUUGUCCUGCCUGAGGCCCAACAGGACUCAACUUCGACAACCAACAUAAUACCCCGCUCUCCUUUCUUAACACAAACAACAGUCCUUUGCCCCCAGGAUGUUCUAGAUUUAUAAGAAAAAAUGUGACCACACUCCAGCUGGGAUCACACAUGGCCUUUGGUUUCCAGUAACAUCAAUUACUCUAUAGUUUGAGCCUUUGGAAUCAGUUCCUCCCUCAACUGCAGCUCUUUAGAAUUAAUCUGGGCCAGAAUUUCAAACGACCCCACCAGGCCCGGAGUCGGUGCCUAUGAACUGAACUCUGACAACAGACUUCUGAAACAUAUUCCUGAAAGACAGCUCCAUUUUAUUUAUGACAAUGCUUUAGGACAUGGAGUUGGGGCUUGGAGGCUUGCAGGGGACAAAACCAAGCCCUUCUUUCUGAGCAAGGUCUUUCUGUGGUUUUUCAAAAUGUCACCUUUGUAAUUUUUAAAUUGUACAAGUUUUACUACCUCCAUUUUAUUUAGCGUGAAAGCGGGUUAAUAUUUAUAAAUGGCACUGUUUUAUUUUAAGUUGGUGCUUUUAUAGAAAAUGCGAUCAUGAACUUCCGGCUAUAAAUAAUCACAGAGGUGAAAGCUAU